AUGGUUUCAGCGCAUACAGCUGGAAUUACAGCAUGUGCUUGUUCUGCUGGAGCUAUUUUAGUGUGCCUUUUUUAUGUGCCAGCUUUGGUGAACAAGAUUCAGAAUAUUAAUGAUAUGGUGAGUUGAAAGAACUAUGACGUGGCAUUUUUGGGUACUGAAAAUAUUUUCGAAUUUAUAAUGUUCGAUCAAAAAUCUGAAAUCCCAAAAAAUUAUAUUUAGAACUGUUAGAUUUACUGUAACUUUUUUAGAACUGCAAGGAAUACUGUAGCUUUUUUCGAAGCUUCCAUAGUUACUGUAGCCCUUGAAGUUGUUUCGAACCAUAAGCCUUACUUUAGUCAUUUUUGAAAUUCAAGGAUUACUGUAUCUCUAGACAGCAAAUAUAACAAGAAUUACUGUAGUAGUUCUAAACUUCCAGCUGCAAGGAUUACUGUAGGCCCUUAAGAAAUGCGAGAACUACAGUAACUUUUUUUAAAGCUUCCAGAGUCACUUUCUGAACUGCAAAGGUUACUGUAGUUCCACAAAAUCUGCUCACUAUUUUUCUCCAAAAAUAAUUUAAAAAUUAACAGCUAAAAGUUGAUAGUGAAGAAUUCCGUUCAAUGGCCGAUUAUACAUGGAGCGAACUUGUAACAAUGCGACGUGGAAAACGUCAAGCCUACGGAGAAACUCCCAAAAAAACCUAUCAAUUACACACGGCCUAUGUGAAACCGGAUGCAUUUGUUGAAAGUGGUGGAAGUUGUAGUUGUAAUCAGAAUAAUGGAUGUCCAGCUGGACCACCAGGAACACCUGGAAAACCAGGUUUGGAUGGAGAACCUGGAACUGUUGGUGAACCAGGAUCACCUGGUUUGGCUGGAAUUGCACCGCCUGUUACUAUUGAUCCAGUGGGUUUUUUCUUGAGGAAAUUUAGUUAUUUUAAACGGGCCUGGCCCAAUUAUUCGGACCUGGCCUGAUUUUUCGGGCCUGGCCCGACCUCUCACCCCUCCCUUCCCAACCAAAAAUUUUUGCAGACUAAAGGUUGUCGUGUUUGCCCAUCUGGCCCACGUGGUCCACCAGGUCCACCAGGAGAAGCUGGACCUGUCGGACCAGAAGGACAGCCAGGAAAUCCUGGAAGACUCGGAGAACAUGGACGUGAAGGAUAUCCAGGACAACAAGGAAUUCCAGGGGAACCAGGAAAAUCUGGAAAAAUUGGAGAGCAAGGUUUACAAGGAAGAGAUGGAGUUCGUGGAGCGAAGGGACCAAUGGGACCGAAAGGAGAGGCUGGUCCAGCUGGACAAAAAGGACCAACUGGAUAUCCAGGAAGAGAUGGACAACGGGGAAGUGAUGGGGAACCAGGACCAAGUGGACCACCUGGACAAAUUGGAAUGCCAGGAGAAGUUGGACAAAUUGGAAUGGUUGGAGCACCUGGAGCACCUGGGCAAGAUGCAAGUUAUUGUAAAUGCCCAGAAAGAAAUGCUGCGGUUCACAAGUUUGAAGCCCCAGCAGUUGAGCAACCAGCCUAUCAACCAGAGCCGGUAAUUUUUUAAAUUUAAAAUUAGUCAACCCAUAAUGUUUUCUUCCAGCCAGCAACUUAUGCUCCACCAGCUGACGCGGCAGUUGAAGCAGCUCGAUCACCAUACAGAAAAUGGAAAUGGUUACAAUAA